AGUGGAGGCUAAGUGGUAGCUUCUGGGUGGAUUUGGAAUUAUUUGAAUGAAGAGCUACAAAGUCACAUUUAGGGUUACAUCAUUAACGGCUUGGAAGGAUGACCUGUUGAGGAGUAUCGAAGGCCUACAUUGUUCCACAUUUUAGGGUUAGAGUCAGAGGUUGGAUUAAGUUUGGAGGAUUAGCUCGGAUGUCUGAUGGCAGAAUUCCAUUCCAAAGAAAACAAAACUCAAUGGGGGAGAAUGAGUGUGUUUGAAUAGGAGGAAUUUUAGUGGGGAUACAUGCAAAGGUCAGCAUUUGAAACAAUUUCACAAAUAAAAAUGUGGAAAGUCAUAGACGAACAAUAAAUUAUUGGGGGAGGGGGUCAGGGCGGAAUCUGGGUGGGGUUUUUUGGUGGACUUUAAGGUCCACACUAUUCGAGUGUAAGGAAGCAGUGACGGGUGGGAGCGCCAACAGCCGAGAACCCAGCUGUACUCCGGGAAACUGACAACCCUGGAGCUCCUCCCCCCACGUGGUCUGCACUACGAGUCCCAGAAUCCACCGCGCCAGAGGCCCGCGCAUGCGCGACCGGCGCCCGAGCUAUGGUAGGGCUGUGCUCGGCUCUGCUGGCAGCGGCCCUGGGCGGGGGGCUGUGGUUGGCAGUGCGCCGCUACGUGAGGCCCGCGGGUCGGGCCGCGGCCGGCCUCAUGCGCGGCAAGACGGUCAUCGUGACGGGCGCCAACAGCGGCCUCGGCCGGGCCACGGCGGCCGAGCUGCUGCGUCGGGAGGCCCGCGUCAUCCUCGCCUGCCGCGACCGCGGGCGCGCCGAGCAGGCCGCUGCUGAGCUCCGCCGGGAGCAGGAGCUGGAGCGGGCCCGGGCCCAGGCGCUGCCCGCAGCCGAAGGCGAGCCCGCCGGGGAGCUGAUCGUCAAGGAACUGGACCUGGCCUCGCUGCGCUCCGUGCGCGCCUUCUGUCAAGAGGUGCUGCAGGAGGAGCCCCGGCUGGAUGUCUUGAUCAAUAAUGCUGGAGUCUUCCAGUGCCCAUACAUGAAGACAGAAGAUGGCUUCGAGAUGCAGUUUGGGGUGAAUCAUCUGGGCCACUUCUUGCUUACUAACCUGCUUCUUGACCGCCUUAAAGACUCGGCCCCCAGCAGGAUUGUAGUGGUUUCUUCCAAACUUUACAAAUAUGGAGAAAUCAACUUUGAAGAUUUGAAUAGUGAGCUAAACUAUAAUAGAAGUUUCUGUUAUAGUCGGAGCAAGUUGGCCAAUAUUCUCUUUACCAGAGAACUAGCCCGCCGCCUAGAAGGCACAAACGUUACCGUGAACGUGCUUCAUCCUGGCAUUGUCCGAACCAACCUGGGGAGGCAUAUAAACAUUCCCCUGCUGGUCAAGCCACUUUUCAAUCUGGUGUCGUGGGCUUUUUUCAAAAGCCCUGUAGAAGGAGCCCAAACCUCGGUCUACCUGGCUUCCUCAGCAGAAGUAGAGGGCGUGUCGGGAAAGUACUUUGGAGAUUGCAAAGAGGAGGACCUGCUACCCAAAGCCAUGGAUGAUUCUGUGGCGAGAAAGCUCUGGGAUAUCAGUGAGGUGAUGGUGGGCAUGUUGAAGUAGCUGUGGGGACUCUGGGGCAGUACAGGCUAGGCCUUUCCUCAGGCACAGGCCUGUCAGGACUGGAACACUGAGACACUAAACAAAUGAGUUGCGUGGGCCUCUUAUGUGAAAAUAAUCAUUGGAGCCUUAAAAGGCUCCCCUGCUGGCAUUCACAGCCAGGUGCUUGAGGCUACAGAAAACCCCUGGUCUGAAUGCUCAUAGACUAGCCGCUGUUUGUUAGGCUUUUAGCUGAGCAUGUGCGUGAACUAAGAACUGGGCAGUCAUGGCACUGCCAGGGGCCCCAGGAGUGCCCCACUGGGGUGGGACCCAGAAUUGUUAGAAUAAACACUGUUGACCAAACUUGGCGUCGUGGACUUCUUUCUGCAUGAUAAACCUCCCUCACCAGUGCCAGACUCCCAGCUUCUAAAUGUCAUCCUGGUAGGUGACAAGUAGCAUUGAUCCCCACGCUCCUGGAGAAAGAAGCUGAGGCUUGGAGGGCCCUUGGCACCAGGCUUGGGCUUUCUCUGCCUCCCUGCACUGCUGCUUCGCUCUUACUUAGAGCCCAGGUCAUUUCAUAGGACCAGCAGCAUCAAAGUCCCCUGCUUCAUUUUUUAAAUGACUGUUUUUUUAAAUUUUGUUUUGUUUUUUAGUAUUCUGCCGUCUCAUAAAAGUGCAAAGAACUUGGUGAAAAGAGUCCAGCUUGCAGUGCACCUACCCUCGUUGUCACUCUUCGAGGGUGAGAGCAGCUGCUGCUUUGAAGUCCAUUCGUAAGGUCUUUCUCAGCCUCGACUGUUUGAGCACGAAGGAUCCUAGCAGGUCGUAAAUCACAGCUGCUUUCUGUCCGGCCUGGACACGGUGCUUUGUAAUCCAGGACUGGUAACAUUUGUAGCAUCCCAGGUGUGGCCGUGCAGGUGUGGUCAGUAUGGCUGCAUCCUGUGCUCUCCGACUUCUUUAGAAAAAAAAGUUAAUCCUACAAAGGGGUCUGCAUUGCUUAGCAAUAUGGACAGGAAAUCAGCUAGAAUGUAACAUGGGAAAAUCGGAGCUAAUAAAUCUGUCCUACACCUCGA